CCGCUGUCAUCCCCGCUGUCUCCGCCGCUUCUGUCUCUUCCCCGCUGAGAAGAUGACCGUGGGGAGGUCUGCGGGAGCCUCCGGCGGCGCUCAGUGGAGCCGUCAGAUAUGUCCCCCCAAAUCCUCCUCAGACACAGAGGCAGAAGAGGAGCUGUGUGGGAAUGGGCUGGUUUUGCCCAGGGCUGGCAAACUCAGUGAGUUCAUCAGCCCAGAGGAGGAGACAGAUUCUACUUCUGACUCAACUGCGAGUUUUUACGAGACCCUGCAGGCACUAAGGCAGAAAGACAGGUGGUGCCUGUUGGAAUCCCUUUAUCUGUCUGACCCAGACAGUGAUGAAAGCCUCUCUGAAGAUGAUGAGGACCUGGAGAGUUUCUUCCAAGACAAAGGCAGGGGGAAGCCACAGGUGCAGUCCCCCCCCUCUCCGAGGUGUGGCUCCAUGAGGCGCUGCAGCUCCUUGAGCAACCUGCCCGCCGAUCUUCCCAAGGCUCAGCCUCAGCCACCCUCCAGCUCCAGGCCUCCCUCCCAGCACAGAAGCAUCAGCUCCUGGGCUUCAUCCAUCACCGUCCCUCAGCCGUUCCGCAUGACGCUGCGCGAGGCCUGGAAGAAGGCCCAGUGGCUGGCCUCCCCUGCCUCCUUUGAGCAUGAGAGGCAGAAGGCCCAGAAGCAGGGCCAGGAGGAGGCCGAGUGCCACCGGCAGUUCCGGGCACAGCCUGUGCCUGCGCACGUCUACCUGCCCCUCUACCAGGAGAUCAUGGAGCGCAACGAGGCACGCAGGCGGGCAGGGAUCCAGAAGAGGAAGGAACUGCUCCUCUCUUCCUUGAGGCCCUUCAGCUUCCUGGGGAAGGACGAGCAGCGAAAGAAAGCCAUUCAACAGAGGGACCUGGUCGCCACAGCUAAGGCCAAAGUCCCCAAGCAGAAGGCCAUCAGGAGGAUCCCCACAGCCAUUCUGGAGCCAGCCCUCGGGGACAAACUCCAGGAAGCUGAGCUCUUGAGGAAAAUUCGCAUCCAGAUGAGAGCCCUGGACAUGCUCCAGAUGGCCUCCUCCCCCAUUGCCUCCUCCAGUGGCCGGGCUGACUCACAGCCUCGAAUAGCCACCCGGACCCGGGAGGAGAAGCUUGGGUUUCUGCACACUGACUUUGGAUUCCAGCCUCGGGUGAAUCCUGCCGUCCCUGACUAUGAAGAACUUUACAAGGCCUUCCAGAAAAGAGCUGCCAAGAGAAGAGACACCAAGGAGGUGACUCGCAACAAGCCCUUCUUGCUGAGAACCGCCAGUCUGCGUCGUACUCCUCGGCCCUGUGAUGCUGCCGCCUCUGAAGGGAGGAGGGAAUCUCCACAGCCACCCGGCACACCCCUGCCAAGGAGUCGUUCUCUGAGUGGGCUUGCUUCCCUCUCUGCCAACACCCUCCCCGUGCACAUCACAGACGCCACCAGGAAGAGGGAAUCUGCAGUCAGAAAUUCACUUGAGAAAAAGGACAAAGCAGAUCAAAGUACUCAGUGGUCGGAGAUGCACAAAAAGAAGUGUCAGGCGAUAUCUAAAUCUGUGACCUUGCGUGCAAAAGCCAUGGAUCCCCAUAAAAGCCUGGAGGAGGUGUUCAAAGCAAAGCUGAAAGAGAAUCGGAACAAUGACCGUAAAAGAGCAAAAGAGUAUAAGAAAGAAUUGGAGGAAAUGAAGAAGAGAAUACAAAUAAGGCCCUAUCUCUUCGAACAAGUUACCAAGGACCUUGCCAGGAAGGAAGCAGAACAACGGUAUCGAGACACCCUGAAGCAUGCUGGGCUGGAUGAAGACUUUGUGAGGAACAAGGGUCAGGGCAACCGGGCUUUACAGUGGAAGGAGCAAUCAGAAGUCCGUGAUUGUCCCAGAGUCAAACAUGGUCCUUUUGGUGAUGACAAGAAUGAUACUCUGAUAACUACCACGUGGGUUUGCUAGUUGGAGAUGAAGAUGCUCAUGUCAUCUUCCCGAAGACUUCUGAGCUCGGUUUUACCUGCAUGGACUCCUGAGGGUAAAUCAGUGCCCUAUCUUAAAGGGAAAGACUGAAUUAUUUUCUUAAUCUCCUCUCAAAAGGAAACAAAUUUUGUUUAAAACAAGGAGCCAAAGAACUGACUGGCUGUUUUGUUUAUUUAAAGGAAAAACAAUUGAAGCUCUGAAUCAGGUGAUUUUUAACUUAAAAAAACAAAAAGCAAAAAACAAACCACCUCUUAACAUGCUACUGUAUGUUCCAUAAACAAAGAAAGCAAAGUGGCCAAGUAGAGGUGUAUAGGACAAGAUAGUACCUCAGCCUGGGACAAGCAGGGAUUCAAGUAAUUUUUUUGAAGACCAGUGGCAGAGAGUCUCUUACUCAGGUUGCUAAAGGGAGAAUGUCACAACAGAACUGACAUCACUCCCUUCUCGAAAGCAACAAGGCAUCUUGAAAGCUUAACUUCUUGGUGAAGUUUUAUGGUUGGUGGCAGGAUUUAGUUCACCCAUGUGAAAAGACAGCUCAGUAUGGGAUGAAAACUCUUCAAAGGAAAACCUCCCCUCAACAGUCUUACUGAGAAACUUCAGCCAACAAAUAAUCAAAUUCACUUUUGGGAGAAGUCUAUCCCAAAAUUGUGCAGUGGGAAGAGAGGUAGGUACAGUUACCCAGCCCACAUUCACUGCUUUCUUUCUUGUCUGAAUCAGAUGGUAGUUGAAGAGAAGCUCUCCUACAGUCAUCUUCUAGGCCAGGAAAGAUGAACAGAGGCAAAAGUGGGGUCCUGUCCUUCACAGAUUCAUUUUGGUUCUGGCAGACUGUGAGCCAUAAGCAUCCUGUUCCCACUACAUGCACUCUGGGAUCAGGUAGAGCUGAUCUUCCAGGAGUCAGCACCCAUGCUCAUGUCCGUCCUUCAGUUAAAUCUCCUUGGUUUAGUAACUGUAAGAGAUUAAAAACAAAUCUGGAAUAGUUACCAGUGAAUAACAGGAAAAAUAAUUCAUACUAAGUGAAAGGUUUACAAUUGGGGGUGGGGAAUGCAUUGCAGGGGUGAGUCAGGGACAGCUAGUUCCAAAUCAGAAGAUAUGCACAGACUGAUAGAUCUCAUUUAUAUACUGGCCUUGGGACAGCACUUUGACCAUUCCUACUAUAGCAGUAAAAUAUCCUGAUAAUAAUUAUAAUAUCCUAUAAGCCAAACUAUUAUUUGUGUAAUCACAUACUCACUAGUCAGUGAUGGAGGAAUCUAUAACCACAGGGAAAUCAGAACUGGUGGAACCAAAAAUCUUACAUCAGUCAGUUAGCCAAAGUACAGGCUGAAGGCUCAAGAAGAAGUAAAAGGAAUGGAGUUCUACGUGAGAGCUACAACUCACUCAUGAAAAAUCCAGGGAUUUCCUGGGCUUAAAAUACCUUUCCUGUGAUGAGGGAAGACAAGCCUGAGAGUCUCCAACAGGGUGGCAGCUACCGUGGACAUUCUACUCUACGUUCAAGGUUCCUGUUGAAAGGUGUUUUUGUAUAAUAAUUGAUGAAAUUGGGUUCCAUUUUAUUAUGAAAAGAAAAUGAGAUGGGAAUAAUACAGUGAAAACAGAAUAAACAUUGUUAAAAUCUAAUCAGAUAAAUUCUAGAGCUGGAGAUAUAUUUAUUUGGUGAUCUUAAUUUAGAUGAAGGUAAUUUACAUAGUA